GUCAAGACAACGGUCUACCACACACAAUGCGAUGGGCUAGUGGAGAGGUUAAAUCAGACUAUACUAACAAUGCUAUCGAAACAUGUGGCAGCGAACCAGAAAGACUGGGACACCUGGUUACCUUGUGUACUUCUUGCGUAUAGAUCAGCGAAGCAGAGUUCAAUUGGGUUAUCAACAUUCAAGCUCAUGUUUGGUCACGAAGCUUGGUUACCAGCACAUGUUGCAUUGGGCUUAACAGACAAAGAACCAGUUAGGUUGUGCACGGAAUAUGUUGCAGAGCUUGAGAAACAGCAGCAGCAGGCUAAGGAGAUUGUUGAUAUUCAGUUAGCAGCUGCUCAACAGCAACAAGCAAGGAAUGACGGAAGUACUACGGUCAGGGAUUAUGUGGAAGGUGACUUUGUGUGGCUACGUCAAAAGGCUGUAAAAGCAGGUCUGUCACCGAAACUAAGUAGUCCUUGGUCUGGUCCUUUCCGAGUGUUGAAGUGUUUUGAAAAUGCAACCUAUAAAAUCAAACCAGUACAAGGUGGAAGAGUACAGCGAGAACACUAUGACAGGAUGAAGCCCUGCUACACAUGCAUGCUCAGUGGCUGAAGUUCCAGAAGGGUCUAACAUUAGUGCAAAGACUUCUCAGAGGGUUCAACAAAAGGAAUUUGCAGUAGAGAUUCCAGACAAUCCCAUCAUCCAUUAUUUAGAGCUGAACGGAAGCAUGCCUGUACAAGUUGAACAUGCCAACUUGGAGCAUGUUGGCGAAGUUCCAUUGCCAGCACGAGGAGGCAGGCCGGUCAGACAGAGAGUCCCACCGAGAUGGCUACUGGACUAUGAGAGAGAACAUGUAGAAGACGAGCGUAGAUGUUUAGUUUAGGAAGGCAGGAGUGUGGCGUGUGGUGAGAUGUAAUUAACGCCCAUGCCUGUUGUGACACGUCUUUGCUAAUUAGCCAGCUGUAUUGUUCACUUUCAUUAGUCCGUUCUCAGCUAGCCUAGCGGUUGCUUUCUUUCUUUGGAUUCUGUUUCGACUCAGUCGUUGUUGUUGCGUUUGUUGUUUGGUAUACAUGUGCGGUCAUCAGUGGUGGGAAGGAAACGGUCUAUGAUGAUGAUCUUUUCAAUUGGCUAGAUGUAAACGACGCUGUCAAAGCGAUCCUCAAUGGGGCGGACGUAAAUGUGGUAGCAAGAAAUUAAGAAUUUGAGUGAGAGAUAUGGCCAGGGUAGUGUCCGGUUCCUGUAUGACACUUUUUGCUA